GCUGUACCCAGUACAGUUGAGUGGGAUCGGAGUCUGGAAGCAUUGGUCGGUGAGGGGAUCUCGAGGCUAGGGCUUUCUUUUGCGAACGAGAGAAAAAAGAGAUACAUAAAAAAAAUAAAAAAAAUCAAAAGAGAGGCUGGAAAGUCCUCCGAUUUGGCUCGCAAAUGGUGAUUUAUAGACGACGGUGAUUCCGGCUUUUUUUCUGCUCAGAUUUCUCCGCCAUGGAAGAAGGUUACACCAGCCUCCCUACCAGUCACUUGCUCGGCUCCGUUCCAGCUGCGGUUGCUGAAGAAAGCACAAAAGGCGCUGCCAGUGAAUCCUCAUCUGCCAAUUUGCAAAUCUUUCCACCUGCUAAUGGAGGCUAUCAAGCCCCGGGGAGUCCAUAUGGUGGAGAUGAUCAAGCUGCAAACAGUUGGAGAGGAGUAUGUAGUAUUUCAUCAUACACCCCAUAUUUCAACGUUGAUACUGAUAUUGUGGUGGGUAGAUUUAUUAGUUCAGUGUAUCCCAUGAAUGAUUUUACAGGGAAGAUCGAUGUCAAUCCUGAUCUGUAUGGCCCCAUUUGGAUCUCCACUACAUUGGUAUUCAUGCUUGCUGCCCUUGGAAACUGUGCAACAUAUCUUAUGCGCAAAAGAAAUGAACCAGAUACUAUGUGGACCUUUGAUGUCACUUAUGUAAAUUGGGCAGCAUGUAUCAUAUAUGGUUACGCACUUGCUGUGCCAGUUGCAUUUUACUUCUUGCUUCGGUACUUUGGAUGUAAUGCAAGUCUCAUACGUCUUUGGUGUAUGUGGGGUUACUCACUGUUCAUCUUUGUACCAAGUUCUUUGUUGUUGAUAGCUCCUGUUGAGAUUUUCCGAUGGAUCAUCAUAAUUCUUGCUGGUGCUGCAUCAUCUUGGUUCGUUGCGCUAAACUUAAAGUCUUACAUAGAGGGGAGUGAUCUGAUGGUUUUAAUUGUUAGCGCCUUGUUGUUGCAAUUUGUGCUUGCACUUUUCAUCAAAAUUUUCUUCUUUGUGUGAGGUAUGUUCAGGGGGUAUCUUGCCAUGCAGCAUAUUUGAUAGCAGAUGUACAGGCAAGCUCCAAAUUCUCAUGAUAUAUGUAAUGUAGGUUGAAUUAUGUGAUCAUUUACUCCUGUAUGAAAUACCAGAAAGAGUUCCAUGCUGCUGCUGAAUUUAUGUAAACAUGUUUUAGGUAGGUUCAAUGAUGAUUAAAGGCCAUUUUAUUCGCAAGAUUUAAUUAAGGCUGCUUGUUUUUGGCA